AUGCCCUCAGGGAAGUACGAGAACUACACUCCCCUCAAUGUUCCCCAGGCGAAAAUCCUAAUGGAGAUAGAAGGCCGAGACUACUUCCGACCUCCGCCCCCGAUGCGAGAUACAGUAGCUCGGCGCAAUCCUAGAAAGUAUUGCCGCUUCCACCGGGACUAUGGCCACGACAUGGAGGAUUGCUUCCAGCUCCGGGAUGACAUCGAGGCGCUUAUCCGCCGCGGGGUACUCAACCAGUUUGUGCGGAACUGGUGUGAGGAAAGGAGGCCAGUGGAAAAUGCUGCACUGCCCGGAAAUCCAAAUGACAACAGGCCUAUCGCCGGCACCAUCAACACCAUUGGAGGAGGAAGCUCAGUUGAAGAACCAAUCGAGGGAAGGAUUCCUCUGAAGCGCCCACGCACCUUCGAAGCCAUCUCAUUCUCGAUGAGGAUUUGGAAGGAGUUGAGACUCCUCAUGAUGACGCUGUG